AUGUUUUGCUACUGUUCUCUAUUUCCAAAAGAUUACAUGUUCACACAAAAAGAGAUAAUCUUUUUAUGGAUGGCAGAGGGUCUCUUACGUUCUAAAAAAGAAAAGGGAAUUGAAGAAGUUGGAGAAGAGUACUUCCAAGAGUUGAUUUCAAAGUCAUUUUUCCAACCAUCAAGUGAGAAUAAGUCGACUUUUCUCAUGCAUGAACUUAUACAUGAGUUAGCUAUGUUUGUAUCUGGUGAGUUUUGUUCAGUGCUGAAUGAGAAUAAAUUGUCUCUCAAAGUUCGUCAUUUGUCUUGUAUGCGAGAUUGUGGAGGAAUUUUUUACUCUAAAGAAUUUGAGGAGCAGUUAUCUCAAGCUAAGUGUUUGCGAACCUUCUUAUUAAAACUCCAAUGGAUAGGACUAGAUCGAGUAUGGUUGUCGAUUAUAGAGCAAUUACAUGAAGCUUUCCCACGCUUAAGAGUAUUAUCUAUAGCCAAUCAUUACGUGAACAAAUUACCUGAUUCAAUAGGUAGUUUGAAGUACUUAAGAUAUUUGGAGUUAGAAUGUUGUGAAAUGAAAAAGAUACCUGAUACAAUUUGUAAUUUAUAUAAUUUGGAGACACUAAUAUUGUCUGAAUGUGGUCAAGUUACUCGACUUCCGACUAAUAUAGGAAAUUUAUUCAAGCUGCAACAUCUUCAUAUUCCUCCUUACUUAGAAGAGAUGCCAUUGCAAAUUAGUAAAAUGAAAAAUCUACAAACGCUAAAUAGGUUUGUUGUAGGCAAAAAUGAGUUUGUCAUUACACUUUUAGAAGGGCUUCAAGAUCUACGAGGGACACUACGUCUUUUUGGACUUGAGAAUGUGGAUAGUGUUGAGGAUGUUUUGGAGGCUAAAUUAAAGAACAAGAAGUUUCUCAGUCAGCUACAUUUGUUUUGGGCUAAAACUCAUAAACCCCAUGACUCAGAAAGAGAAAAAGAGAUACUCAGUGCCCUCGAACCUCAUGCAAGUCUGAAGGCAUUCACUAUACGUGGCUACAGAGGUAAUAGUUUCCCGAAUUGGAUUGGAAAUCAUUCCAAUGUAGUAAGGGUGAAUCUAUGGCAUUGUGAGACUUGUAGCUUCUUGCCGCCGUUGGGACAACUUCCUUCACUCAAAGACCUUGCAAUUAGAGGUUUGUAUGGUGUGGUGAAAAUAAGCUCUGAGUUUUAUUAUUCAACUGGUGCUGAUUCUUCUUUGGGAACAAAGACAAAGCCAUUUAGAUAUCUGGAGAGCUUGAGUUUUGAAGACAUGAGAGAGCUUCAAGAGUGGUCGUUUAUUGAGAAACUUGGCUUUGAAAGCUGUGAAAAACUCAAAGUGUCAUUAUUACCUAAUUAUUUUCCCUCCUUGAGAGAGCUUGUAAUAGAUGAAUGUGAGCAACUAAUGCCAUUUCUCCCAGUGGCUCAACCAACGGAGGCCUCAUUUCCACCUCUUGAGAUUUUGCAAAUAAAAGGAUGUGAUGGGCAGGAAUCACUCUUAGAAAGGGGAUUGCCAUGGAGUUUAAAGUACAUUGAAAUUGUCAGUUGCAGAAACUUGAAGGCCUUAGAUGAGGAGGCAUUUCAACACCUCACCUCCCUUGAGAAGUUGCAAAUUGAAUACUGUGGUAUGCUCCAAUACUUGCCAAAAGAACUACCCACUUCACUUUCUGAUCUAUGCAUUAGGCAUUGUACUACAAAUCUAUAUAUUGACAAGAAUCAUGGGGCUCCACCUAAAAACAAAUUGCUCACUUAUCUUUUUGGAUCUCAAGUGUCUUUUCGCACUAUGUGGAUCUUAUGCGGCUUGGCUCACUCUUUUUGGAUCAGAAUGGAUCAAAUGUCCGCUAAGGAAUUGACUCUUGAUACCAUGACAAGAAUCAUGCGGCUCCAUUUAAAAACCAAUUGGUUUUGGCUCACAUUUGACAGCUGGUCUCCAGAGGAGCCAAUAAUUUUAUCUGGUGAUCAUCUGGUGCCAUCUAGAACUUUGCUAAAUGAUGAUUUCAAUUUUUUUUUAAUUAUUUCUUCGGAUGUAAUGUAAAUUUUUGUCAUUUGGAUGAAGACUUUGAAAACCACAUGUAUGCCCAAGGUUAUACAAUCUUACCCAUUAGCUGAUAUUACCUUGACAAAAAAUAUAUGAUAAAGUUUGACCUUUUUUUAUUGGUUUUUAACCUCCUACUGUACUCUGUUGUGAAAGAGUGUUGAGCAAUAAGGUCUAAUGAUAAAAUAUUGUUCUUUGAUCAUUUCCUUGCAGCACUCGUUUCACUUGUUUUAGCUGUAAAAUCAAUAAUAUAACUUCGUUAAAAACCACAUAAAAUUUCAACAACAUUCUUAGAAACUUUUACAUCUUCAUAUC